AUGGCGGCCGCCGACGACGCGCAGUUCCCCCCGCCAAAAGUCCUCACCUACCCCGCGUCAACCCCGCCAACGUUGAUCACACAGGGCGCCGAGGGCCGCCUCUACAAGACGACACACCUCACGCGCGACCGGCCAUGCGCGCUCAAAUAUCGCCCGCCGAAGCCCUACCGCCACCCGGUUCUCGAUGCGCGGCUGACCAAGGCGCGCCUCUCCUCGGAAGCCAAGGUCCUUGAGAGAUGCUGGCGCGAGGGCGUGCCCGUCCCCGCGGUCUACGCCAUGGACCCCGCGGCCGGGUGGAUGAUGAUGGAGUGGAUCGAGGGUAUUCCCGUGAGGGUGGGAAUCAACGAGUGGCUUGGCGAUAGGCCUGAAGAAGGCGCAGAAAUACCCCAGGUGGCGGACGAGACGCCUAUUGUCGACCUGAUGAAGCGGAUUGGCGCUGCCAUCGGAGCUUUGCACAAGACCGGGGUGGUGCAUGGGGACUUGACGACGAGCAACAUGAUGUUGAGGCCAAGGGGAUUCAACCCAGUUGAUGGAGCCCCCGGGGACGAGGGCAAGGCAGGAUCGGUUGAGGGGGAUGUGGUUCUCAUUGACUUCGGGCUGGCAACGCAAAGCAUGUCUGACGAGGAUAGGGCCGUCGAUCUCUACGUGCUCGAGAGAGCGUUCGCGAGCACACAUCCAAGAGCCGAGAGGCUGUUUGCCACUUUACUAGAGUCUUACAAAUCCACAUUCAAAAAGGCAUCCUCAGUGUUGAUAAAACUGGAGGAUGUCAGGAUGCGUGGGCGUAAGAGGAGCAUGCUGGGGUAG